GGCAGCCCUACGUCCUGACGUACACUUGAGCGCCGACGCAGGAAGGCCCCCCACUUUCCCUUGCGUCCGAUGUCGUCAUCUUCUGUACGCCGAGUCGGACUUGCCGAAGAGGCACGUGCGUGGUUGAAUGGAGCUGGUAGCUGGUUGCUACGAGCAGGUCCUUUUCGGGUUCGCUGUGCGUCCGGAGGCCAAUGCAAGCGGCGACCGCAAGCAGAAAUGGAAUCCUGUGGCCGACUUCACUCACCAUGCCCACACUGCGUCCUUGUCAGCAGUGGCUGUAAACAGUCGUUUUGUAGUCACUGGGAGCAAAGAUGAAACCAUUCACAUUUAUGACAUGAAAAAGAAGAUAGAUCAUGGGGCUCUAGUACAUCACAAUGGCACAAUAACUUGUCUGAAAUUCUUUGGCAACAGGCACUUAAUCAGUGGGGCAGAAGACGGACUUAUUUGUGUCUGGGAUGCAAAGAAAUGGGACUGCCUGAAGUCGAUCAGAGCUCACAAAGGACAUGUGACCUUCCUUUCCAUUCACCCAUCUGGCAAGUUGGCCCUGUCUGUGGGUACAGAUAAGACAUUAAGAACAUGGAAUCUUGUGGAAGGAAGAUCAGCAUUUAUAAAAAAUAUAAAACAAAAUGCUCACAUAGUGGAAUGGUCCCCAAAAGGAGAGAAAUACGUAGUUGUCAUACUGAAUAAAAUAGAUAUAUAUCAGCUGGACACUGCAUCUGUCAGUGGUACCAUCACAAAUGAAAAGAGGGUGUCUUCUGUUACCUUUCUUUCUGAGUCUGUCCUUGCAGUGACUGGAGAUGAAGAAGUUGUAAGGUUUUUUGACUGUGAGUCACUAGUGUGCCUCUGUGAAUUUAAAGCUCAUGAAAACAGGAUAAAAGACAUGUCUAGUUUUGAAAUUCCAGAGCAUCAAGUUAUUGUUACAGCAUCGAGUGAUGGUUUCAUCAAAAUGUGGAAGCUUCAGCAGGAUAAGAAAGUUCCCCCAUCUUUGCUCUGUGAAGUGAACACUAACGCCAGGCUUACCUGUCUUGGAGUGUGGCUAGACAGAGUGACAGACGCAAAAGAAAGCCCUCCUCUGACUACAGAGCCUUCCCUUGUAACUGAAGAAGAACAGUUCAAAACCAACAAAAAGGAAUCUGGCAGUGUAGUGCAGGAAGAAGAAAGGCAGUCCGGACCCAGCGUGAAGAAAGGUGGUUUAGCUGGUGACGGUAGGAAUAAGCCAAUGAAAGGAAAUAGCCUGAUGUCAACCAAGAAGAGGAAGAUGGUAAAAAUGUUGGAAAAGAAAAAGAGAAAAAAGAAGAAAAUGUCAGUGGUGCAGUGAAUCCCAAAUUUCUCAUAAGAGGAAAACUUUUUAGAUGGAAUCAUUCUUCCCAAAUGUACCUAAUUUCUUGUCCUGAGUAAAGCUAAGAAUUUCUUCUUUUGGAGAAUAUGUACAGCUUUAAAAGAGCCACUUUUAGGUGGUUUUUAUUUUAACAGUGGUAAAACUUUUCAGUAGGCAACAGCUUACUAAUUAUAUGUCACAGUGAUGUGUAGUGUUAAAUGUAUAAUAUAUAAUUUUUACUGUUGUGAAAAAGAUCUUUCUCAAUAUGUGAUGGUUAAAAAUAGUACAGAAUCUUAAAUAUAUUCCUUACCAGAGGUGGAUAAAAGAGGUGGGGUUUUUUUUGUUUUUUUUUUGUUUUUUAUAUUUUUCUCCUAAAUGGGGGAAGAAUUAUAAAAACUGCUUUAUUUUGGCUUUUUCAGAUCGUUCUAGUAUUUUAAUGCAGACUUUCUUCAUUUUGAUAGCUAAAGUCUACAAAAAGAUUUUCACACCAGGAAAUAAAGACAAAUGUAAAAAGUAUAGACAUAUAAAAUACGCAUGUAUAGAGCAUAUGCUUAAGUUUACGGCUAUGUAUAAAAAGGUUAUUAGAAAGAUUGCCAUACUUCAUUAAAUUGUGCUUCUUCCAAACUGUGAGUGACAAGGUACUCCAAGAGCAAGAAAAUGAUGUUCAUGUUUUUUUUCCCUCUGUUUCAGACCAUCAAAAAUAAAUCAUUUAAUCUAACAAAGGUAGUCUUAAAUUCAACCUGUUGAUUAUCUUCUCAUUUCUUCUUUUCUCAGUAGAUUACUGGGUAUUUGAAAAGAGACAUCAGUAGGGGAUUCAUAGGUUUGAAAUAGCUGGGCAGAUAUCCAAUCUGAGGCUCCCAUGGGAGUCCCUCCUGUUUAGACAGAAUAAGACAUCUAACGCUUGACAUGAAUUGCCAUUGAUUCAUUUUGUAGAAGGAAAUCAUCUAGGAAAUGAGCCAAGUCGUGUGUCUGACAUUUCAGUCUACCUCUCUGAUAACUUCAGGCUUUAAACAAAGAUGAAUAGAGGUUUGGGUCUUUAAGACCUUUUUUUUUAAAGCAGUUUUAGUUUGUAACAAAAUAGAGAAAAUGGUACAAAUGAUUCCCCACAUACCCUCUGCAUGCGUAAUCUCCCCUAGGAUCAUGGAUGGGAAUGGUUUGUUUUUUUUUUUUCUUACCAAGGAUGAACUAUAUAUUGAUGUAUCAUAAUCACCCAAAAUCUGUAGUUUGCUUAGGGAUCUCUCCUGGCAUACAUUCUGUGGGUUUGGAUAAAUGUAUAAUGUUAUGUAUCCAUUAUUA